GGGACUCAAAAGGGAUUCAAGUGAUGGUGUGUUGGUUUAUACACUUUUGGAAUUUGCAUUUGGAAUUGCCAGACUGACCUAAUUUGCGCUCCGUGGGUCUGACUGGUUUGUUCCUGUGGUUGUUUAAUUAGGGCUAUUUUUAUUUGAAUGUCACUCCCAACAGAGCGGGGAACAGAUUGGCUCAGGGGUCAGGAGAAAUGCAGACCCGCGGUGGUAUUUUAAUAUAACACAUGCGCUGUAAUAAUAACUGAUAUGGGUAAGUAUAAUCUCAGUCUGAAAUUAAGACUGUUUUUCUGCUUGUAAAAAAUUCCCGUCAAUUUCCAAACCCGCGUAAAAGGCGGGUGGACUGUCGCCUCCAUUUACGCGCGCGUCCGCCGCGGCUGCAAACGUUGGAGUGUAAAGAGUUACGACGCUUGUUGUAGCUGCUGUCUGAGAAGCACCGAGAUUUCUUCGAAAUGAAGUGAGAGCAACCCGGAGAGCGCACCGGUUCUUCUGCGAUCUCCAUACUUUUCCACUCGUCGGUGCGCAAUGGCACCGCGCGCUCCAGCUCGGAUUGGACUCAGUGAUCGGACAAGUUUGAACUCUGGAUGGAUGAUGCUUUUCUCCGAUGGCAUCUGAUGAAUUCUCUGCUGGGAGAGGCUAACAGGUUUGGCAAACAUCUCACCUCCCAUGUCACCGGGGCAUCUCUAUGGCGCUGUUUAGCAACAAAGAAGAGCUCUGGAAUGAGUCGGAGCCCCUCGGAUGGGAUGAGAGGAAUGAGAGCUCAGACGCAUCGAGGAGGGUUCAGGGGGAGAGAAACUACUACGCCAUGCUGUACUCGCUUCUCAUCCUGGCCAUUGUGUUCGGAAAUGUGUUGGUGUGUCUGGCUGUGUUGAGGGAGCGUUCGCUGCAGACAACCACAAAUUACCUGGUGGUCAGCUUGGCUGUGGCUGACCUGCUGGUGGCCUCAUUAGUCAUGCCCUGGGCCGUCUACCUAGAGGUGGUUGGCGGGGCCUGGCUUUUCAGCCGGCUCUACUGUAACAUCUUCGUCACGCUGGAUGUGAUGAUGUGCACCGCCAGUAUUCUCAACCUGUGUGCUAUCAGCAUCGACAGAUACACGGCAGUAGUGAUGCCUGUCUUAUACAACACCACCCACUGCUCGAGGAGAAGAGUUUUUGGUAUGAUUGCCACCGUGUGGGUCCUGGCCUUCGCCGUCUCCUGUCCCCUGCUGUUUGGCUUCAACACCACAGAUGACCCCAUGGUGUGCUCCAUCUCCAACCCCGACUUUGUGAUCUACUCCUCUGUGGUUUCCUUCUACCUGCCCUUCACCGUCACUCUGCUGGUCUACAUCCGCAUCUACGUCUUCCUCAGGAUGAGGAGGAAGAGGAUCAACUUCGGACAGGCCAGUGGGAAAGUGCGGCCGGGCCCCACCCAACCGUCGGUGGAGACUUGCCUGCAAGAGGAGACUCCCAAAGCAAAGCAAGACUUAUCACCUAUAAGGAUUAAAGUGCAGACUGUAGAACCUUCGGCUCCUUCUAAGCCCAGUCUGCUCUCAGGAUGCCUGUGGCGUAAACGCCCCAAAACGGGACCAGUUGAGAACUCAGGUCUGCCCCCAGUGGACACACAGAACUACUGCAGCAUCAGCCACGCAUCCUGUGGUCGCACUGAGCUUGACGUGGAGCAGGAGCAAGGGGUCAACAACCGGACGGAGUGUCCUCCUGUAAGGAUGAGCUGCGAGGUGAAGGAUCUGUCCAACGGACGGACGCACACAUCGCUGAGGCCGAUGUCUCACUCUCAUAACAACUCACGAUUCAGAAGCAUGCACGCAAGGGAGAGGAAGGCCACUAAGAUGUUGGCCAUCGUGCUCGGGGUGUUUCUCAUCUGCUGGCUGCCUUUUUUUGUGACUCACAUUCUGAACACCCACUGCAGGACAUGCUACAUACCUCCUGCACUCUACAGUGCUUUCACCUGGCUGGGGUAUGUAAACAGCGCCCUCAACCCUGUCAUUUACACCACCUUCAACAUCGAGUUCAGGCGGGCCUUCAUCAAGAUCCUCAGCUGCUGAGGAGGAAAGCGCGGAGGGAGUUUGAAAUGGAAAUGAGGAUGUGCACUUAAGCAAAAAAAUUCAAAUGUGGUGCAUUUUGCAAACAGCGGCCCGUGAUGCAAACUGGUUGUGAUCAAGGGGAAACAAGAAUUAUGCAGCGAGGUGAAUCACAGAAAUGGAACAAUAAUGAGAUUCUAUUAUAUUCUGACUCCAGCAAAGAAUAAAACUUUUCUUUUUCAACAGGGCUGGGACUUAAUUGAAAAGUAUUGAAAUAAGACUCACAUGUUCAUAUGCAUACAGUGCCAGUGACGGCUCAAAGUGUGAGCUUUGUUUUGGACAUGUACUGUACAGCGUGUGCUCGUUAACACAGUCCCUGCAUUCAGGACUUUCAGGACCACGUACAUUUUAAAGCUCUCAGAGCCCAAAUGGAGCUUUAAGGCUGAUAAAUGGAUGUGUGGGCUACUUCAUCCAAAGGGCCUCUGCCUCCGCACUGUGUGGAUUAACCGAUGUUACUCACCUCUCCCAUUUAUCCCCUCCUUCAUCACCGUGACCUUCAGUUACUCACCAGGGCAUGCACAGAUCAAAAUUCACAGCUGUGCAUUUGAAAUGUGCUGAAAGGAUGACAUUGACCCCUUGCAAAGACUUACAUCAUAUUUAAAGAUUGUCACGGUAUCAAUGUGCAGGCUUUGUGCUCUGUGUGGAUUCACUUGAAUAAAAAUGAAAGAAAAAAAAGAAAGUUUUUUGAUGUGAAAACAUUUUAAGGGGACUGUGUUUGUUGGCAGUUCUCCCUGUGAUUAGUGUGGCCUGCUGGGUGAUCCUGAGGAAGGCAAAUGCUUUCUAAUCUCAACAAAUCAAGCAGGAUUGUAAACUGUAUGGUGAGCCAAUCUGUCGUGAAGAGGAUAUCCACAGCAAUGUGUUGUAA